AUGAGGCUUUUCCCUACAGCGGUCGCGGCGGCCACCUUGGCGUCCAUGCCAGUGGUGCACGGCCAAACAGCGCAAUUUCGUCCUAGCGACGCAAAAGGCAUCUUCUACAGCCUGACCAUUCCCCCGUCCACUGCUUCUCGCGGCGAAGGCCUUAUCUUCUUCACCAUGGAAGCGCCCAGUGAUGGCAUCCAAUGGUUCGCACUGGGCCAGGGAAGGGGAAUGACUGGUUCUAACAUAUUCGUCGCCUACGCCUCAUCCCCAACCAACAUAACCGUCUCCCCGCGUCUGGGUGUCGGCCAUAUCGAGCCUGAAUACAACCCAUCCGCGCGCAUAAGCCUCUUGGAGGGUUCGGGCAUAUCUAAUGGCAAAAUGAUUGCUAAUGUUCGAUGUGACAAUUGCAUGAAAUGGGAGGGUGGGUCCAUGAGUCCCACAGAUCGGAAGAGCCCCUGGAUUUGGGCCAUGAAGGCCGGCAACCCUCUCAACUCCGCUGAUGUCAGAGAGCAAAUAUCCUUCCAUGACAACAUGGGCACCUUCAGCCUUGACCUGAGCAACCCAUCAGAUGGCGGAUCGGGAGGAUCGGGCUCAGCUACACCGGGAGUUUCCCAGAAAACCAUCAACGUCAAAAGCGUGACACACGGCAUCAUCAUGUCUGUCGUCUUCGUCAUCCUCCUACCAACCUUCGCAUUGGGGCUGUUUUUGAUCACCUAUCCACAAACAGCAUCGCGCAUCCAUGCUCCCCUGCAACUGCUAACAGUCUGCGGCGCCAUCGCCGGGUUUGGCGUGGGUGUCUCGCUAGCCCGCGACCUGGGAAAAACAGCCAUGUACCAUCCCAUAAUUGGCUAUGUGGUCAUUGCCUGGCUGUCGGUGUUCCAGCCGCUUCUAGGCUAUCUGCACCAUCGCCACUACGUGCGGAUGCGCAAGGGGAGUGUGAUGGGGUUUGUGCACCGCUGGGUCGGCCGUGCUAUGCUCAUACUAGCCAUCGUCAAUGGUGGGCUAGGUUUCAAGUUUGCCGGAAUUGGGAGCGACACUGCGCCUAAGGUUGGAGUUAUUGUCUAUGGGGCUAUUGCGGGAUUCAUGGGCGUCAUUUACGUCGCUGUUGCAACAUGGGGCACGGCAAGGAAUCGAAAGGAGAGAUCAGGAUCUGACGCGUCUCUUUUUGGCGCGAACGAAAUGAAAGAUGGGGCGAAUAGGAGAUAG